GUCAGAGCGUGGAAACUCAGAGCAUUACAUUAAUUCUCGAUUGACAUCACGAUGUCAGCCUUCGUUUUAAUUUUUACAUCUUUCCUGGCGAUCGCGCUCGCCCAGAAGGAUCCGCAUUAUAUGGAUGGCAGAACAACUAUGGUUCAUUUGUUCGAAUGGAAAUUCAACGACAUCGCCAAAGAAUGUGAGGAUUUCCUUGGUCCAAUGGGCUACGGUGGUGUACAAGUUUCUCCUGUAAACGAGAAUCUUAUAAUAGACAAGAGACCCUGGUACGAGAGAUAUCAGCCACUCUCCUAUAAAAUUAUUAGUCGAUCCGGAACUGAAUCCGAAUUUAAAGACAUGAUAGAGAGAUGUAAAAAAGUCGGUGUACAGAUAUACGUCGACGCGGUCAUUAAUCACAUGACAGCGGACAUACUACCCGCGUACGGUACCGGUGGCACAUCAGCAGAUCCGAAGGAUUUCAGUUAUCCGGGAGUCCCAUAUACCUCACAGGACUUCCAUACACCUCCAUGCCAAAUCCAGAAUUACAAUAAUGCAACCGAGGUUCGAGACUGUGAACUAUCCGGCCUUCACGAUCUCGAUCAGAGCAAGGAACAUGUUCGAAAUGAAAUAAUUGGAUUUUUUAAUAGGAUCACCGAUCUUGGAAUCGCUGGCUUGCGCAUUGACGCAGCUAAACACAUGUGGCCACAAGAUCUUGGAGUUAUCUACAACAGGACCAAAAAUUUGUCCGCUAAAGCUGGAUUUUUACCGUCUGCGCGACCUUAUAUCUAUCAAGAAGUCAUCGAUCUCGGUGGCGAGGCCGUUAGCAAAUUCGAGUACACCGAUCUUGGAAAUGUCAUCGAGUUUCAAUACGGAAUAAUUUUGGGUAGUAUGUUCCGUGGUCAGGACAAAUUGGCGAGGCUGGAAACGUUCAAUGACCCGAAAGCUUGGAGAAUGUUAUCUCCCGAUGACGCGUUAGUCAUGGUUGACAAUCAUGAUAAUCAGAGAGGCCACGGUGCAGGCGGAUCCACUAUUCUAACGUACAAAGAUCCAAAACCCUACAAGAUGGCAAUAGCCUUUAUGCUUGCCUAUCCUUAUGGUCAUCCUCGAAUCAUGAGCUCCUUCGCCUUUACUGAUCCCAACAAAGGACCACCAGCGGAUUCGGAUGGCAACAUCAUUUCGCCUGAAAUUUCCAAUGGUCAGUGCGUCAAUGGUUGGGUCUGCGAACACAGAUGGCCGCAGAUCUAUCACAUGGCCCAUUUUCGAAAUCUAGUCAACGACGAGCCAGUGGAGAAUUGGUGGACCGAUGGAAAAAAUCAGAUAGCCUUCUCCCGUGGCUCUAAAGGUUUCAUCGCUCUUAACGUCGAGGGCGAUCUUAGCGAAAAGUUGCAAACUGGAUUGCCCGCCGGUACUUAUUGCGAUGUCAUGACGGGGAAUGUCGUCAACGGCCAAUGCACUGGAAAGUCAGUGCAGGUUGAUAGCGAUGGUCGCGCUCUUAUUGAAAUUUUAUCAGAUGAGUCGGAAGGCGCGCUCGCUCUUCAUAUACAGGCGAAACUGUGAGGCUCGUCGCGGUCAAUAAACUUGGAAAAACAACAUUUUAUGAUUCUGCACGUGACUAGCACAAAAGCAUGUAGAUUGCACAAAUGUAAAUGUAUUGAAUAAAAAUGCAUGCAAAUA